AUGUUAUACGUAAGAUUGCCUGUUGAAGUCCAGUCACGUUACAACUUGCGAAUUUCAGCAGCACGAGCUCAGUAUGAGUACGCUUUCGUUUUACGCACACAAGCUGAACAGACGCCUGACCUCCUGCUCAGACGACGAGACGCUUUAGCAGUUGCUUCUACGCUGUUGGACCUUUUACCCAUAGAGGAUCGCUUUUUGUCGUUUCCGCAUGAGCUCGACGAAGAAAUUGAUGGAGAUGAAGUCGUUGCAUCUUCUACGGAUAUCACACAGGAGAUGAUAGAUGCUGCGAUGGGUGAUGUCAUCGCAGAUGAACUGAAUAUGGAGGUGCCGAAGCGGACGGCUGUUCGCAAGAGAAUGUUUAUACUCUCAGCAGAAAAACUGUGCGAGGAGUGGGUAAUUGCAAAUGCUCGUGUGGCGUUAUUAUCCACAGGUAAAGUUCCACCAACUGAGCCAAAGGAAAUAGUGGACAGUCUGAUAGAAAUCAAGAACUACGAUGUUGCAUUUGAUGUGUGCAGACACUGUGACGUCUCUAUAUGCGACGUUCUGUAUGCCGUCACUCGAGAAGCAAUUAUGGUAGACGCAGAUCCACCAGAGGCUCCUCCAGCUUGGGUGCAGUUGAAUCAACGGAGGGCAGAAAAACGUCUUAGAGGUCACUGGGCCAUUGUACGAGGAUUGUUAGCAGCUGCUCAACGAAUCUGGCCGAAUGAUUCACGCCCAUUACGCGCAAUCACUCGCGCAUUUCUCAGUCAUAAUGUCCCUGUGCCUUGUUGGCUUGAUGCAGAGUAUACGGAGAAGGAUGUUAACGGUUAUCUGCGGUGUCUUAUUGACUACGGUGCUGUUAAGCAAGGUCUAAAGGUGGCAGCAAACUGUGUAGAAGAGGAGACAAAGAAGGUGACGUCAAUCGACUCUAGAGUUUGGUUGCCAAUUAGCGCCAUUAAUGAUUUGCUAGAUUUGGGGAUGAAAUGCAAGGAAACGGCUGUGAGUACCACAAAAUUAUUUCACUCCUUUUUUGUAACUACAUACCAAGAGUGCCAAUUUUAGCU